GAAGAAGAAGAAGAAGAAGUGGCGGCGGCGGCGGCAAUACACCAGCCGGUGUAGUCUGCCAUAAAACUUUGAAGGAGAAGAAGAAGAGCACGAGCACUCCUCAGGGUGUAUAGUUCUUUUCUUUUAAUGUUUUAUCAAGACAAGCAAGUUGAAAAUGACCUUUGCCUUUCCUCUACGAAUGAAUGUUUUUAUAGAUGAAGACCUAGACUAAAACGUUGAAUAGCUACCUGAAUGGAAACUUAAUAGUUGAAUAAAUGAGACUGACGUCUUGAAAAGAGAACAUGUACCUGUUGCGCUUCUCUAUUGCCAUCAUUCUUGGGUUUGUGUGGUAUUUAUUUGACCGCGGACAAGUAGCGGCUCAAAUUGCUUUAUGUUUACUAUUUUGGCAAUCAACCCCAAAUGUUUUAAUAAAGACCAGACGGGAAAGCGGAACUCAGACAGACGAUGUGGCUGAAGAACAUUCAUUCCAGGAAACCACCGACCAUUUAGGUUGUGAUGUGACUGAUACAACAAGCACUAAAGCUGAAAUAUCACAGGAGACACAGUUUCCCCAUGUGAAGAGAUCUCUUCAGCAAGUGUUUGACUGUGCCUACGCCCAGCUAGUCCUCCCCUGGUACAGCGUCCCUGAGCCCUGUGACAGUCAGCUCCUGCACCAGGUGCUGUGGAGGGAGUUUGACCAAGUCAUCGAUCAAGUCAUCAGCAGAGGCAAAGACUUUGAUGUCUGUGCUGCAAGUGUGGGCUGUAUUCGCAUCCUGACCCAGCACCUCCAUAAUGCCAAACAGUCUCAUAGAGAACCAUUGUUCCGCUCUAGAGGAGAGGAGGUUGAAGUUCUCCGAGUGUUCUCUGAAGCACUGGUGCGAAACCUUUUACCCCAGUCCCUAUGGGGACUGGCAGUCAGCCACUGUGCCUUAAAUGAGAUAGUUGCCUUAAAAGUACUGGACCUGCUGGUGCGUUGGCUCUCAGACCCUGACAACCUCAACCAGCUGGUGGUGAGUCAGCUGGAUGGAGCGACCCGUAAAAGCUCUGUGGCGGAGCUGUGUGAGUCCCACUCUGACAGGGCCUCUCCAGCUUCCCUAGAGAGCCAGGCCAGUGGAGCGACGCAGGAAGAAACAGAGGAUGCGCAAACCAGUGACAGCAAGUCCAAAAAGAAAGCUAACAAAUUGAAGGAAGGCUGGUCUAAAUUCCUUGACAAGAUGAGAUUGAAGAAUGCUAAAAGGGAGAAGAUGAAGAAAAGGGAGCAGGCGCUGGUUGUCACGGCCAUGUCUAUCCAGGGUCGUCCAUCAAACGAAACUGAAGGCAGUAGCCGGGAGGGCUCCAUCCGGAACCAGCAGGACUCUGACACUGAGGACAGUGAUCUGGAGAGCUACUGGAACAGUGUACAAGAGGAUAUUAUGGAAUUCAAUCUGUCGUAUGAGCUGUGGCGGGUUGGCCACUGGGCUGUCAGCGUCCCUUGUGUGGAGAGGGAAAACGAGGAACUGUGUUUUACAGUUUACCUGGAGGAGAGGGACAACCCUGAAAACCUUCACUGGAACGUGAGGAAGACCCAAACAGACAUCAUCCACUUUCGCAACCUAUGGCAGGACUCUGCUACUUUACCCUCCCUAUCCGUGUUAGAAGAGAGCACUGUGGUGAACAUCAAUGAGGAUUUUAAAGAAGCCAAAAAGUCCAUCAAGCACUUCUUACAGGAGCUGGUGUCUGAUGAUCUAGUGGGCCACACUCAGCCAGUGUUUCAGUUUCUGUGUCCUCUGGACAAGCUGCUGGUUGAAGAAGAUCAUGUGGGGGAAGUGUGGGGCCUCUUCAGUGGCCUGGCCUACUUCCUGACUCCGGGCCAAGAGGAAGAUGAGGACAAGCACAACAGCCUUGGAAGAGGGCCCAAACCAGAUGAUUCCAACACAACGGAGGCUGCAGACCCAACUGCAACUGAGAACCUGGAUGGCGAUACAAGGGAUGACCUGGCCCGGGGCCCAUGUAUCAUCAUCUCCCAAUGUGAUGAGGAUUCUCCUCCAGAACCCAUUUCCAUUGAGUGCUGCAGAGAUGACGAAACCGAACCAAUAGAGAAAUCUGACAUUUUGGUUAAUGGAGACAAAACCGAGGAAUCUGAGAACCCCAUAACUUCUCACCUAAAGAUGGCAAUCAAAAGGCUAUCUAGAUCAGAGGAGUGUCUGGCCCAAACUAAAUCAGACACCCCUGAAGAUCAGACUGACUCUUUCUGUAGACUGCGACGUUCCAGUGAAAAUGGAAGCUCGCAAUUUGACCUCGCUGGCAGUCCAACACAUCCUUUUGGUGGAAAGUCGAAUAAAAAGGAGAAACUCACUUUCAAAAUGUCAGGAGGGAUGCCCAAGAGUAAAGGAAAUGAAAUGGGGAGUCAGACAAAAUUAGAAGACUCUCCGUGUUUGAAAAAGGAACAAUCCAGCUGGGAGCAAAUGGAAGCAACCAAAGCCCUUUUUGAUUUGUUGAAAGCAAUAUCUGGCAAUUCCAUCCUUCUGAACAUAUUUGAUGCGAUUCUGAAACCCGUCAUGCCGAUAUUGAAAAAGAAAGUGAACAGCUUCUUGAAUAAUAUGAACCCAACGGAAGCACAGAUUGCCUCCUAUAUCGACAACCUGCGUGAGAAACAGUGGCCCGGGGGCUUGCCGGAGGUGACAUGCCCUAUACCCCAUCGCAGCAGUGAGGAGAAGCAUGAAACCAAAGAUAGAGCUCACCAUCUCAUCAAUGCCAGAUAUUCAAACUAUUUAAUCUUGAAGAAGACCGAUAUGGAGUCGGCAUUUAAGCUCUUCCAGGACUGUGAAGAAAACAAGAAGCUGGUCUAUAUGCUGCUUUCAUUCCUGUUGAGAGAGCUUCUGCCAGGUGAGGAUGCCCUUAAUGUGAGUGCCAUAACCCUGCAGAAAGUGAACGUCAACUAACUCAUUUUUAGAUGUUCUCAAGUGAAUCAUGCUUUUAAAUUAUCUUUAGUUCAAGUGAACUUUCAUUCUCAUGUUUUAGAAAAUGUUAAUAUUUAUUUGAUUGGUUGUCAGGCCUUACAACAGUCCCAUUUAGUAGCAUUUAAUCCAUAUGUCUACACUUGAUUGGAGUAUUAUAAUAAAUACAUCUUAUGAUACAUUUCCAGGAAAACAUAUUUUACCUCAUGCAUUAAACAUGCUGUGAAUCAUGCCUAUUAUUUAAAAUGUAUCAUAUGUUGACUAUGAAAUAAGUUGAUCAUGUAUUUAGCAACAUGGGCAAAUUAUGUGUGGUAUAAAAAUGUGUGGUUAUUCAAGUUCAAGUGUCCUUUACCAGUGUAGAAAAUGUAAAUAUUUGCUAUUGAGAUGGUAACAACAUACUCCAUUGUCAAACUCAGAGGGACCAUAAAUGCACUUUUAUUUCAAUGGUUUAUAUGAAAAACUUUACUGGUAGGGACAAACAGAGCAAUGUGAAUAAAAUGUUAAAGUUUUGUCCAAAACGUUUAUAAUCACGUUCAGAGUUGAUGUGUUAAAUGAUCAGAAUCAUUUGACUGAAGUUGUUCAUAUUGUGUUUGGUUCGGAGAAUAGCCAGUAAUUACACAUGCGAUCUAGGUUUUUUUACCAUGACUUCCGAAGCAACUGAAUGUGAUGUUUUUGGUGUUGAUGUGCCUUCUUAAUAAAGUCAUUUACAUUUUUCUUGCUUUUUUGA